UCCACUCCACUUAGGUUAAGUCUGACUUUCUCUCUUUUAUUAGCAAUUAUUGUUUUGUUUUGUGAGAGAUAUGUUACGGGGCUGUUGUCCAUUAACCAAGGCAGAAAUAUUUUAAUUUGAUUCCUCUAACCAUAAGAAAAUGUCCAAGUAUUUUAAAAUUGUUCGAAACAAUUGGAAAAAAUCUGUCCUAGGCUCAGUAGCAGUAGUGUAUGGGACAAACUAUGGUUAUGAAAAAUAUCAAACAAAGCAGUUGAUGAGAGCGUUAUGUGAAGAAGCUGCAAAGUAUGGAGAGAUACCUGUACCUCCAACAUUGAAGCCUCGAAAUGUUAAAGUCAUUUUGAACCCAGCUGCAAACCGAAGGAAAGCUAAGGCCAACUAUGAGAAGUACUGUGCGCCACUCCUACAUCUUGCCGGGUACUCGGUGGACGUCAUCAUGACUGAGAGUGAAGGCGAAGCUCGAUCAUUGGCAGCUAAACUCAAAGAUACAGACAUCAUCGUGGUUGCAGGAGGGGACGGAACUUUGUCUGAGGUAUGUGUGGAAUUUUAA